AUGUUUCAAAUUGGGGGCCUCAUUGUCUUCUGUGGGUUGCUGGCCCAGACCACAACCCUGCUGGAAGCCCUGUCUUUGCCCCUGGAACAUACCUUGUUUUUGGAGGCGACUCCAGGCCAGGAUCCAAGUCCCACAGAUCUUGCUGGAGACUUAACAAAUGGCCUCAGCAGUGGCCUGCUCUCUGGGGAUCUAUUGGACAUUCUCGAAAACCUUCCACUUUUGAACAUCCUGAAGACUAGAGGAGGCACUUCUGGUGGCCUGCGGGGCCUGCUUGGGAAAGUGACUUCAGUGGUCCCCCUCCUGGACAGUAUCAUUGAAUUGAAGAUCACUAACCCCCAGCUGCUGGAACUUGGACUUGUGCAGAGCCCUGAUGGUCAUCGUCUCUAUGUCACCAUCCCUCUAGGCAUAGUCCUCAAUGUGAAUACGCCCCUGACCAGCAGUCUGGUAAAGCUGGCUGUGAAGUUAAACAUCACUGCAGAAAUUUUAGCUGUGAAAAAUGAUCAGGGGAAGAUUCAUCUGAUUCUUGGUGACUGUACUCACUCCCCUGGGAGCCUGCAAAUCUCCCUGCUUAAUGGAUUUGCUCCCCUCCCUGUUCAAAGUCUUGUGGACAGUCUCAGCAGCUUCUUGAAUAAAGUCCUUCCUGAGCUGGUACAGAGCGAGGUAUGCCCUCUGGUCAAUGAGGUUCUCAGUGAGUUGGACGUCACCUUGGUACAUUCCAUUGCUGAGUUACUGAUCCAUGGGCUGGAAUUUGUCAUCAAGGUCUAA